CCCACUCAAACUUUGAAUCAUUUGACGCAGUAGUGUUCUUUAACGAAUUUCGGAGUCCGAUGGGCCCCCGCUGUCGCUGCCGAAAAUCGAAAACAGGUUUGAAAACAGCCUCGAAAACGCCUCAACUUUGAACGUCCCUAAUUUUAAACUUUAGAUCCUGCGACUGCCGCAAUGAUCGUACCUGCCAGUGCUUAGAGGCGUGGCCAGCCCCUCUAUGAGGCAAGCCGUCGGUAGGCCAGUGCUAUCUCUGGACUGGAUGCCAAAAUCUAUGUAUGAACCUCCCAGUGGAAGCAGUACUAAAGCCAUAACAUACCCUGUAGUAUUUAAUAAAGAGAGGUAGUGCAGUUCGUUCCAUCACUCUCAAAGUUAUAUCAUAUUACUCCAAGCCCUUCAAGUUUCUAGCAUGGAAAACCGUACUUCACCAACCGUUUCCGUACCUUUAUUUCCUGGCCAAGGGUCUUCAGCUGGUGCCCUAGCCUUUGCUCUUCAGCAGGCCCUCCGCGACAUCCGUUCACCAUCUGGCCAUUUGCUUUCGACUGCAUGCCACGAGGCUUUUCGUGCAGAGGUAUUGAAGCUAUCAGGAGAUGAGCUCAACGAAACCCACAUUUCCCUCGUCGAUUUCGAGGAAGCCACCUCGCUUCUAUCAUCUUCGAGUCUUUACCAGAAUAAUCCUAUCAUUUCCGGAAUAUCCCUCUUCCUCGUUCAAGCUCUGAGAUACCUUGUGCACUUCUCAAGCGCACCCGACCACAGUCUUGGGGUGUCUGGCUUCUCCUCAGGGAUUAUCACGGCAUGCGUGGUAGGAGCUUCAACUAGUGUGUUCACGUUCAUGUCAAAUGCAGUAGAGGCAUUUCGCCUAACAUUUUGGAUCGGCGUGCGAUCUAUGCAGUAUAGAACCAGGGAGCUUCAAUCUGCCUUAGGCUUUCCUGACACAGGACUCCCUUGGAGUGUCGUUUGUGUCGGCCUGAGUAGAGCCGAUGUCUUGGGCUUCAUCUCCGAUUUCGAAACCAAGAACGAUUGCAAUUCUUCCCUUCACCUCACGGCUAUUUUAGAUGCACAGCACGUCACCGUUUCGGGACAUCCUGAUAUCCUACAGCGUUUCUCGUCCUCAAUUUCAAUGUCCAAGUCCUGCACCAUUCAUCCAACAACUGUAGAUGCUUUAUAUCACGCACGCACCCUCCACAAUGUCCGCGACCAAGUCUUGGCUGAUGUCGGAAGAUAUCUGAUUCGCUUUCCUGAUUUUUCCAACCUUAGAUUUCCCGUAUUCUCGACCGUAUCUGGGAAGUAUCUGUUGCCGAGUUCUGAGUACUCCACUCUUGUUGACGCAGUCCUUGACAUGAUAAUCGUGUCUCCUGUAGACUGGCUGUCUGUGGCACAGGGGCUUGGUAGUUCGGUACCGGCCGAUGCUCCCACGCAAGUAUUAAACUUCGGCCCUAGCUCUGGUCUUCUCCGAAUACUGGAGAAAUCACUCUCAUCAAACAAGAAUGUUACUUGUACGGAUGUGGCCGUUAGCGCUUCCAGUAUCCCUGAUAGUCCGAAGGAGAAUGAUUUCAAACAAGAGCCGAUAGCAAUCAUCGGGAUGGCACUUCGCUUGCCUGGUGGUGCAAGAACCGCGGACGAGCUCUGGGAACUUCUUGAGCGAGGAAUCGAUACCAUUUCUGAGAUUCCAGAAGAUCGUUUCCAAUUAGAGCGCUACACAUCUGCCGACGCUAAAAGCGGUCGGGGGAUGAAGGCUCAUACCGCAAAUUUCAUAGAUUGUGUUGACGAGUUCGACUACAAAUUCUUCAAGGUAUCGCCCAGGGAAGCAAAGAGCAUGGAUCCACAGCAAAGAAUGCUACCCCCGUCUUUCCAGCGUGAUAGCUUUGGUUGUUUCGUCGGUACUGCAACCCAUGAUUAUGCAGACAAUUUACGGGAGAAUAUUGACGUGCAUUACAGCACAGGAACCCUGAAAGCUUUCCUUAGUGGGCGCAUAUCGUACGCAAUGCAACUUGGCGGUCCUUCGAUGACUAUCGAUACUGCUUGUUCAUCGUCAAUUGUCGCAAUCCACACAGCCUGUCGUUCACUUGUCAAUGGAGACUGCAGGGCUGCAAUUGCAGGUGGAGUCAACACUAUGUCGAGUCCGGAUAUGUUCAUUGGCCUGGAUCAUGGUCAUUUUCUCAGCCCAACCGGCCAGUGCAAAUCUUUCGAUGCAUCGGCUGACGGCUACUCUCGAUCAGAGGGAUGCUCUCUCUUCGUUCUCAAACGUCUUUCAGAUGCAGUUGCAGAGAAUGACGAUAUUCUCGGUGUCAUCCGUGGUGUUGAUCUCAAUCAGAGUGGGCUGGCGCAUUCAAUCACCCACCCUCACGUACCUUCCCAGGUUUAUCUGAUGAACAGGCUCCUAAAGAACUCCGGAAUCGAUGCAUCACGCGUCAGUGUCGUAGAAGCGCAUGGUACUGGCACCCAGGCUGGAGAUUUUGCUGAGCUCCAGAGUAUUCGCGCCGUUCUUUGCCGUGCUCGCGAUAGCGAAAACCCCCUUCAUGUCACUUCGAUUAAAGCCAACCUCGGUCACUUGGAAGCUGCUUCUGGCGCUGCUGGACUCGCCAAAAUUUUGCUCAUGUUCCAACAUGAUACAAUUCCUGCUCAAAUCUCCCUUAAGAUAUUGAACCCACGUAUCACACCGCUAGCCCAGGAUAAUACUAUCAUCGACACGAUUCCCACGCCGUGGGUGCGCGGAUCGUCGCCUCGCAUGGCACUACUCAACAACUUUGGAGCAUCAGGUUCAAAUGGGGCACUCAUAGUGGAAGAGUAUCCAAAGCAAGCGAAAUCUGCAGCUAGUGGCACAUCUUACGUCUUUGGUAUCUCUGCCAAAUCUCGCGAUGUUCUCGAAACCCUCCGCUCUAGCUACUUCCGGUGGCUUCACGACGCCAGAAAUCGCUCAAUUUCCAUUAGUGACAUCGCGUAUACUGCCACGGCAAGAAGACAGCUGUACCCCUUCAGAAUUUCAGUUGACGUAGGGAGCAAGGCGCAACUUGUCCAAGCUCUUGCAAGCGCUGAGGUGUCUCAUUCCGAGGGAAAUUUCGGUCAAGUUGUCUUUGUCUUCUCUGGACAAGGCAACUACUAUCGUGGCAUGGGGAAACUCCUCUUUUCGACCUCUCCGGUCUUCCAGCGCUGCAUUGACAGGUGUCACCGAUACCUCGUGUCCAAAGGCUUUGCAGGUAUCCUUCCAAGUAUUGUUGGAGAAGCUGCAGAUGCAGAUAGUGGGUCGGAUGAAAUGGAAGAGUUUGAAGUGUCUCAAACUUCUACGAUGGCGCUAGAAGUCGCGUUGGCAACAUUAUGGAUACAUUGGGGUUUGACGCCUUCCACGGUCGUCGGGCACAGCCUUGGUGAAUACGCCAGUUUAGUCAUCGCCGAGGUGCUCUCGCUCGAGGCAGCCUUGUUUUUGGUCGCAUCACGCGCUCGCCUUACAUGGCGUGGUUGUGUGCCAAGUGCAUCAGGCAUGUUGGCUAUCAGGCUCGGGGAGCAACAGACCAACACCGUUUUGAAAUCUGGGUCAUACUCGGAUCUCUCUGUCGCUUGCGUCAACAGUGAUCAUGCCUGUGUCGUCUCUGGCCCACUGUCUCAGCUGCACGCUCUGACCGAGGAGUUGGCAACUACAGGAUGCAAGGCCCGUCUCCUUGACGUUCCCUAUGGAUAUCACGGUCAAGCAGUGGACCCGGUUCUGGAUGAUCUUACCCAGCUAGCACGAACUGUACCCUUGUCUUCUCCAAAGGUGUCCGUUGGUUCUACCGUUCUUGGAAGACUUGUUCCCGCAGGAGACACUUCGACCUUCGACGCAACCUAUUUCUCUUCGCAUUUCCGUCAGCCUGUUCUUUUUGCCCCCACCGUCGACACCCUGUGUAAGCACCCCUCGCUGCCACAGAUAGAUGCUUGGAUCGAGAUGGGACCCCAAGCGUCAUGCUUGUUGAUGAUACGGGCUUGUGCGGCUGCUCCUAGCGAAGCGGCGCUAUUGCCUUCAUUGAACAAAAAUGAUAACGCUACUCUUGCCUCCAGCCUAUCCCAGCUCUACAGAACCAAUGCUCCUCUGAACUGGCGCAAAGUCUUUUCGGAGCUGUCCCCAGCAACCUGCGCUGAUCUGCCACCAUAUCCACUCGAGAGGAACAAAGUUUGGGUACCAUACAAAGAACCUUUCCAUGAAUCUCCUUCAUCACCUCAAACUGUGGCACCAGCACGAAGCACAGCGCCAUCACAAACCAUAGCACCAUCAAAAAUCGCGGCACCAACACGAAGCGCGGCACCAACACGAAGCAUGGAACCAGCACGAAGCACAGCGCCAUCACAAAGCAUUGCGAAAUCCGAUAUGAUAUCUGACUAUACCAUGCUGGGGUGGUGGGCGCAGUACCCAUCGCACGAGAACGGCAACACGGCCAGUUUCGAUACUCCCAUCGAAGUUUUAGCUCCGUUUAUUGAAGGACACAAGGUUGCUGGGCACUACCUAUGCCCAGCAUCAAUCUAUCUUGAACAAGUUCUUUCGGGCGCAGAUCUUUCACGGCGUCAUCUGAACUUCGAUUUUGGGAAGAAUAUAGUUGUCAUCCGAGGAGUCAAUUUUGCGAAACCACUUGUUUACCAUCCCCAAGUCAAUCGGGUCGUCCGCACGCAUAUCACCAUCAACGAAGAUGGCACUGGUCUCUUCGAUAUAACAUCCAGACUGCAAUCUUCUCCGGAUGAAUCGGUUCACGUCCGCGGAGAAAUACGCUUCCAAUCCACCAAGGAGACAGCUGCUAAUCUUGACAGUGAAUUCCGCGUCAUGCCCAGACCCAGUGCUUCGGAGAUUGGUUCUCGGAAGGAAGGUCAAGCAGAGGUCUAUUCCACUCGAACGCUAUACAAAGUUGUUUUCCCUCGUGUUGUUGAAUACUCCGCGAAGUAUCACACGAUCCAGUCUCUGACUGCCAGCGCAAAUGGAAUGGAUGGUAUAGCGCAGAUCAAGCUUCCAGAUGCCCCACGACUCUCUUUUGCCUCUAAUCCCAUUUUCGCCGACACCCUCCUCCAUACAGCUGGAUUCCUAGCAAAUACGCAAGGCGAUAUCGGUGACGCUUAUAUCUGCAGCGAGGUCGGAUCAUUCCAGAUGCUCUCCGAGUUCAUUGAUCAAGAACAAACAUACACUGUUCAUUGUCGCGGGUCAUGGAUGUCCUUUAACCACACCGUUCUCACCGAGGCUUAUGCUGUCCAAGAACAAGAGCCUCAUCGUGUUGUCGCGCUUAUGAAAGGCAUUCAAUUCAAGCGCGUCCGCAUGAACGGUCUUGCUCGCGCGUUGGCAAAUGCAGCAGACUCCGCCCCUGCGCAGACACGCAAUCGAACCAAUUCAGCCAGUACACAAAGCACAUGCGAUGUACAAACAAGUAACUCUGGUAAUUCCAGCAGGCCAUCUUCACCGGAAACCCUAGUGUCUGAGGAUGACACACGCAUCCGCAUCAGAUAUGUCAUUGCACAGGUGCUCGGCCUUCUGACUACCGAUAUACAAGAUCACUCCGACUUCAAAUCGCUCGGCCUUGACUCCCUCAGUUCGUUAGAAGCUCUCCACGCGCUCAAAACCGAUCUCAAAGUUGACCUUCCUCACGACGCAUUCGAUUCUUAUUCCACAAUUGCAUCCUUGAGCGCUUUCCUCGAUAAAUCCCAUCCCCCCGAGAAAUCCGUGGAAAGAACCUCCCACAAGUCCUUGGAAAGAUCACAACCACCGCCAGCUAGAUCCGCUGAGUCGACAGAGACAGUAUCUGAUGGUGACAAAUGCAUCCGCAUCAGAAGUAUUAUCGCGGAAGUACUUGGCCUUCCGCUUUCUGAUGUAGAGGAUGACUCCGACUUCAAAUUGCUCGGCCUUGACUCCCUCAGUUCAUUAGAGGCUCUCCAUGCGCUCAAAAGCGACCUCAACAUCGACCUCCCUCACGACGCAUUCGAAUCUUAUUCCACAAUUGCAUCAUUGAGUGCUACGCUCAAUAAACCCCAUUCCCCCGAUAAGUCUGUGGAAAGAACUCCCCAGAAGUCCUUGGAAAGACCACAAUCACCGCCAGCUAGAUCCGUUAAGUCGACAAAAACAAUAUCUGAUGGUGACAGACGCAUCCGCAUCAGAGGUAUCAUUGCGGAAGUACUUGGCCUUCCGAUUUCCGAUGUAGAGGAUGACUCCGACUUCAAGUCGCUCGGCCUUGACUCUCUCAGUUCAUUAGAGGCUCUACAUGCGCUCAAAGUCGACCUCAAUAUCGACCUCCCUCACGACGCAUUCGAAUCUUAUUCCACAAUCGCAUCCUUGAGUGCUUUUUUCGAUAAAUCUUCCUCCCCCAAGAAGUCCUCGGGAAGAUCUUCGACGAGAACAUUACAACCCGCAUCGUUUGAUACUCGCAUGUCACAACUCCAAUUCAGCAAGGACGAAGCCGCUGUCCCACUACUUCUUAUUCACGAUGGCAGCGGCUUAAUAAGCCAUUAUAGUCGUUUGAUGCCGUUACAUCGUGACGUCUUUGCUCUCUCCAAUCCCUGUCUGAUUACCGGUGGAAAAUGGGAGAGCGUUGAGCAGAUAGCAGAAUCCUACGCCAAAGUCGUUUUGGGUGCGAAGUCAGAUCGGAUCAUCAUUGGCGGGUGGUCAUUUGGUGGUGUAGUGGCCUUCGAAACCGCCAAGAAGCUUGCUCAGAACGGCGUACGUGUCCACGGCAUCGUUCUCAUCGACUCUCCCUGUCCUGGCAAACACGUGCCCCUUUCAUCAUCUGUUAUAAACCACGUCACGAAGGCACACUCCCGAGGAAUUGAUUCAGGAACCAUAAGUCUUGUCGCGGAACAAUUCAAAGAAAGCUCGCGACUCCUUUCUGUCUACGAUCCAUGUCGUCAAGGAAAGCUUGAAGUUCCGAUAGUCCUCCUUCGCUCGUCUGAGGGGUAUGCUCCUCCGGGUUUGGACGUUCCCAACUGGUUGCAACAUCGUGGAAGUGAAAGUGCCGUCGUUGGCGAAUGGGAAGCUCUCACACAGUCCCCUGUAAAAACUUGGUCAAUUCCAGGUGACCAUUUCUCACCUUUCAAUCCCGAAAACAUUGGACCAACAUCUCAGCAGCUCAAGGAUGCGUGUCACUUCGUGGAAAGGCUAUAAAGGAUACCAUGUGCUUUUGAUUUCGCUUGCUCCAUACCACUUUAGAUUUUGUUUGUGUAUAGAUCUCUUUUCUUUUUCUGGAUCACGACCCUCCUGCUUGUAUCCCACAAAUUCCUUUCUCGUUGCUCGUGCUUCUGCAUCUCUGUAUCUAUAUAGCCAGUUGACUGUCACGCGACUG